AUGAAGCUAGCUUAUGGAUUAAUCUUUCUGGGGUUCUUACAGUCUGUUGCAUGUCAGAUGAUUGAUCAACAGGUCCAGGUUCUGUCUGAAGUAAAGAUGAUGCUGAAUGACAGUCGCGGUGUGUUAGAAGAAUGGAAUGACCAUCUAGAUACUGCAUGUAGUGCUAUUGCUACUGUCAUGUGUGCUGAAGGGCAAGUCGUUCAAAUAACCUUGAGCUCAUCAGGGUUAAGUGGAGUCUUGUCACCCAGCAUUGCGAAGUUGACAACACUACAACGGCUGUUUUUAGAUGGUAACAACAUAACUGGAGGAAUACCACAAGAUAUUGGGAAUCUUUCAAGUCUGGCAAUUCUUAAACUUCAAAAUAAUCUUUUCAAUGGCUCGAUACCCGAUUCAUUUGGCCGCCUUUCAAAACUGGAAAAUCUGGAUCUGAGCCAUAAUCAUCUAAGUGGAAAUAUUCCAAUUUCUUUGUCAAAUAUUCCAUCCUUGAAUUCCAUCAAUCUGGCAUAUAACAAUCUUAGUGGUGAAAUACCUGAACUACUUCAUGCGUCCCUAUACAACUAUACCGGCAACCACUUAAAUUGUGGUCCACACUCAAUGCCAUGCGAAGGAAACAUCAAUGAUACAGGUGGAUCAAGAAAAUCCACCAUAAAGGUGGUUCUUGGAAGCAUUGGUGGAGCAAUAGUUCUCGUCCUGGUUGCUAUUCUAAUCUUGCGAAGAAUGCCUUGCCGACGUUAUUUAUGUUCUGAUGUUCCAGAUGAGCAUGCUCUAAGCUUAGAUCUUGGGCAGACACAACAAUUCUCGUUGCAUCAUCUCAUGAUUGCAACAGGAAAUUUUAGUAGACAAAAAUUUCUUGGUAAGGGCUCUUUAGCUAAGGUUUACAGAGGAGUUCUUCCAGACCAAGACGAUAAAGCGGUUGCCGUCAAACGAUUUGUCAAAAUAAAAAAUCACGGGCGUGAUAUGGCUUUCAAACGAGAAGCUGAAGUUAUAAGGGUGCCUGUCCACAACAAUAUAUUGAGAUUGAUAGGGUAUUGCAUGGAACGAAAGGAGCGCCUGUUGGUUUAUCCUUUCAUGGAGAAUUUGAGUCUUUCUUCUAAGUUAGAAGGUUUGAAACCAAAUGAACCAACAUUGGAUUGGGCAAAAAGAAUGAAAAUUGCUCUUGGCAUUGCUCAUGCUUUGGAAUACCUUCAUGAUAACUGCAACCCCCCGAUUAUCCACCGUGAUAUCAAGGCUGCCAAUGUCCUGCUCAAUGGAAAUUUUGAAGCUGUGCUAGGAGACUUCGGAUUGGCGAGGGUGAUGGACCAAGGGAAGGAAAUAGUGACGACAGAGAUCCAGGGAACAGUGGGCUACAUGGCUCCUGAGUACAGGAGUACAGGAAAGGCAUCAACGAAAACGGACGUAUAUGGAUACGGUGUCUUGGUGCUAGAGAUUGUGACGGGAAAGGGUCCAGACUUCCACGUUAAUGUGAAGCAUCUGAUGCAAGAAGGCAAACCGCAAGAAAUUGUCGACCCCAAUUUGGAUCGUGCAUAUCAGCGUGAAGAGUUGAUAAAACUUAUCAAGAUAUCACUGUUCUGCACCCAAGAGGAAGCUGAUCGCCGCCCUACGAUGUCAGAAAUUGUAAAGAUGCUUGAAGCAGAUGUCCAGCAAUACCGGUGGGGUGAGUCGCUGUGGGCUCAGCUUAUCUCUCAGCCUUGGCGCGAGCAGCAUGAUCAAAUGGUGAUACAGAAAUUGUUUGACUUAGGCAAUGCCCCCUCUCCAGAUAGCCAACCUGUAUCGGAGGCGGACAGGGCAAGUCUUGGGGGAGAAGAAGAACAGGCCCGUGGACAGUGUGGGAGAGAGGGGAGAGUAGCCAUCAGCGUGAGUGGGUGA